CAACCACUCCACGCGCUCGUGCUUGCUGGCGGAAUGGCGCGUAGUCCUCACACACGCGCCGCUUCUAAUGGACACUUUUAGGAGGGAAAUGACAAACGAAGACGUCGCCGUCAAGAUGUGUUGAACAAACUGAAAUAAUAGUUACCUGUUGGGAUCUCCUUUCCUUGUCGAAAUUCCAAAUGGCAUUCACUUCACGGAACCCAGGCAGGAGCAUGACGAAACCAACGGCUCAGUGUUGUCAAACUCCCACCACCUGUGGGGUAGCUUCUGUACAGAACCCUAUCCCUGGCAGGAAAGGACUUCUGCGCAAAAGAACCAGCACCCAGGAAAAACAAGGUCCGCCGGAAAAGCGCUUCUGCUGGAAUGAUAUGUACUAUUCUCAAAUUACACUACCACCAACCAUUGUCAUUCAGCGACGGGAAAUUACAUCAUACUUCAAACUUUUUGAUGAUGACCUAAUUAAAGACUUUUUGUGGAUGGACUGUUGCCGUAAAAUAACAGACAAGUAUCUCCUCGCCAUGGUUUUUGUCUACUUCAAAAGAUCCCACUUCUCCAUUGUAGAAUACAGCAAGAUUAACUUUUUCAUUGCCUUGUAUCUUGCCAACACCAUGGAGGAAGAAGAAGAGGAGAGUAAAUAUGAGAUUUUUCCAUGGGCGCUUGGAAAGAACUGGAGAAAGAAGUUUCCCCUUUUCCUCAAGCAGAGGGACAAACUCUGGGCUCGCAUUGAGUUCCGAGCAGUAGUCAGUAGGCGCUGCUGUGAAGAGGUGAUGGCCAUCAUGCCCUCUCACUUUGUGUGGAAGCGAGAGCGCUCAGAGCACCACAGCGGUGCUCAGCGGCAUUAUGACCAAAGAAACACAGUACAUUUUCCACGGGGGCCUGCAGCCUCUCCAGUCCCCUGCGCCCAUUGCGACCCCAAGAAAGGAUUUGAUCAACGGCUGAACUUCUCUUCUACCCUCAGGAGUUACCCUCCUACACUCCCACUAAACUCUCAGCUGAAUUUGGAGAAAACACCACCCAGGGCUGCUGCUCCAUGUAGGGAGAGAAUCAACACCAAAAACAAUUCUCAGUGUUCUAUCCUGCAGCUGCACGGUACAUGGCAAUGAAUUGUCCAGCACUUCCUCCUUUGACUCUUCUAUGGACUGGAUCAAAGAGAAGUAGAACUUCUUAUCACACCAGCUGUGUUCCAAACAUAAUUUUUCCAUCUCCCACUCAGUGGGCAAAAGGUUUUUUAACAGCAACACCCCCACAGAGUCUUAAGUGGAUAUAACUGAGCUAAUGGGACGUUGAACACUAUAGUUGUAAAGGCUUGUUCAUUAUAAACACUGUUUUUGGUUUUUAUUUAUGAAAAUUAUUUAUUAAUUUAAUAAUGUUGAAUGGAGUUUAAGUUUUGCCACAUAUGCUGAAGUUACUGUCAAAUAACUGGAUGUUGGUGUUUUGGACUGUUGCCUUCAGCACCUUAUACUAUUAACUGCUGCCUCUUGAAUUGGCAAUA